AUGUCCAUGAUGCUCCGUCCAGCUGUCACCCGCCACGUCCUUCGUCCCUCGGCGGCCGCGGCUUUCUUCACCACCAGCAACAACUGGUCUACGCGCGUCCGUAACAACCAGCAGAAAAGCAGCGCGGAUGCCGUGAAGAGCGAAGCACUAGAGCUCCGUCGACUGGCUGUCAUUGGUGGUGGCAAUAUGGCAGAGGCCAUGAUCACGGGCGUGCUCUCUCAUGGACUCAUUCCCAGCUCCAAGGUCGUGGUGUCGGACCCGAACCCUUCGAUGCGCACGAAGUACGCGCCGCUGAACGUGGAGACGCACACGCGCAACAGCUCGGCUGUGAAAGGCGCGGACGUGAUCUUGGUGGCGGUCAAGCCUCAAGUGGUUGAUGAUGUGCUUCGAGCUGUCAAGGCGUCCAUGGACUCUGGCGCGCUGCUCAUUUCGGUUGUGGCAGGACAGAGCAUCAAGCAGCUGCAGACGAUACUGGGGCAAGAUAGCCACAUCAUUCGCACGAUGCCCAACACGCCGGCAAUGAUUGGCGAGGGCACGACGGUGUGGGCGCAGUCGGCAGAAGUCACGAGUGUGCAGCACGAACUCACCAAGCAAAUCCUCGGGUCGUUUGGCAUCGAGGUGUUUGUGGACGACGAGAAUGCACUGGACAUGGCCACAGCAUUGUCUGGAUCAGGACCAGCCUACUUUUUCCUCGUGGCCGAGGCAAUGAUUGACACGGGCGUGCACAUGGGCUUUUCUCGACCCGUGGCCACGAAACUCGUGCAGCAAACGAUGCUCGGCUCGGCCAUGUACAUGCAAGCAGAAGACGCGCAUCCAGUCGAGUUGCGGAACAACAUCACCAGUCCCGGCGGCACCACUGCAGCUGGUCUCUACCGCGCCGAGAAGAAUGGCUUCCGUGCCGUGAUCGCUGACGCCAUCUGGGCCGCCUACGAGCGCUGCCUCGAACUUGGCUCGCCUGAGCCUGUGCAACGCCAGCGUCCGCGCUCGUAG